AUGCUGCAAAAGGCUGUUGUUGUUGUGUCCAUUUUCCUGGUGGUUGGCGCGGCUAAGGUACCGCGAUUAGUACUGGACGAUACGUACGAUAGCCGUGUAGUCGGUGGCGAGGCAGCGAAGAAUGGAUCCGCACCGUAUCAGGUGUCACUGCAGGUGUUUGACUCGGGUCACAACUGUGGUGGAUCGCUACUGAACGAUCGAUGGGUUCUAACGGCUGCUCAUUGUCUGGUCGGCUACGAUCCGACCAACCUGAAAGUUCUUGCCGGUACGAACAGUCUAAUGGAAGGAGGUGUAAUGCUUAUGGCAGACAAGUUUUUUCUUCACAAUUAUGCUAGUCCAGAGUUCAUCAAUGAUAUAGCGCUGAUACGCUUGGAACAGCCGGUACAGUUUACGGAGCUUAUACAAAGCAUUGAAUACUCGGAAAAGGUAGUUCCCGCCAACGUUUCGGUGCGAUUGACCGGCUGGGGUCGCACUGGUGUGAAUGGACCAGUACCGACAUUGCUGCAAAGUCUCAAUGUAAUCACGCUGUCGAACGAGGACUGCAAGGCGAAGAGUCUUUAUCCAGAGCACGUCGAUGUUGGACACCUGUGCACCUUGACUAAAGCUGGCGAAGGAGCGUGUAAUGGAGAUUCCGGCGGCCCACUGGUGUACGAGGGAAUGCUGGUGGGAGUUGUAAACUUUGGCGUUCCUUGUGGAUUCGGAUAUCCGGACGGGUUCGCACGGGUGUCAUACUAUCACAACUGGGUUCGCACAACUAUGGCUAACAAUUCUUAA